AUGAAUAGAAUGGACUUAAGCGAUAACUACAAAGUCGCCCUAAGUCGGCUUCACCAAUUAUAUAACUCCUUACGCAAAAAUAAUGAAGAUAUGUCGAUGAACAUAAGAGAAUUCGCAACGAACUCAGUUCAGUUACGGUCUCGCAUCCCGGAAAAGGAUAGAUCGAAUGCUGCAAAGGUAAAACUAUUGGGCAUUCUCUGGGAUACGGGAAAGGACCACCUACUACUACAGUCGAAACUCGAAUUUCAGAAUAAUCCAACAAAACGCAGUGUUCUUCGCACUAUCCACUCCAAUUUUGAUCCGUUAGGAUUCCUAAUCCCACUCCUGAUCCCAGCCCGAGUAUUUCUUCAAAGUUUAUGGGCCAAGGGAUAUGAAUGGGAUGACCAGCUAUCGAACCAAGACAUAAAAUGUUGGGAGUCUACGUGCAGGAAUGCAGAUGCGUUUUUUAAACGCCUACAUCGUAGUAUUUGUCCCUCUAAUCCAGUAGGAAAACUCGAAAUCUGCACCUUUGCCGAUGCUUCUAAUAAUGCCUACGCAACCUGUUGUUAUCUUCGUAAAAUUCACGGAAAUACUAUCGAAAGUGAAUUAAUAUGCGCCAAAUAUCGUCUCGCUCCCAUAAGCCAUUUAACACAACAGAGAACGUUAACUACUCCUAAGCUAGAGCUUUUAGCACUAUUAAUUGCAUCGCAGUUAACGGACUUCAUUUGUAAUGAACUCGACCUUCCAAUUGAUACCAUUCGCAUUUUCUCGGACAGUAACAUUGCAUUGUCGCAACUUCAUUCGGGUCAAAACGCGGGCACAUUCGUGAACAACCGCGUUCGAAAGAUGAGAGCUCUUUAUGAGUCAUGGCAACGUAAAAAAAUGAAAUGGUCGGAGUCGGAAGUAUUGACUCAAUUGCACUGCGUCGAUGUAAACGAGCAUUCUACAAUUUUCCGCUACGGUUUAUCGAAUUGGACCAAAAUGAAGCGCGCGACAGCCAUAGUUUUGAAGUUUAUAAAAAUAGUUUCGAAAUCGCGCUAUAAAGAUCCAAGUUCACAAAACAGAGAAGUAUCUUUGUGUUCGGAGCUAUACCACGUCUCAGAGAACAGAGACAUUAAUGCGAAAGAUCUGCAAUUAGCAGAAAACGUCCUUAUUCGAGAUCAUUACCGUAGUAUGACUGAAAAACAGCUCCAAUCGUUCAAACACUUGAAUUUAGUAUCGAAAAACCAUAUAUACCGCUGCAGAGGGCGCCUCGAAAAUUCUCAACUAGCAUUCGAAGCAACGAAUCCAAUCCUUCUCUUGCCUAACCAUGCGCUGACUCGGCUGAUAAUAAAAGACACACACGAAAAAAUCGGACAUCAGGGGGUGAACGCAACGCUUUCAGAAAUACAGAGGAACUACUGGAUACCACACGAGGAACUCCUGAGAGAAACAAAAAAUUCACUCGCACGUUUCUGGGAGAUGUGGUCACAACUCUACCUCACAUCAUUGCAAUUUCUUAGGAGUUCUCUUACUACCACUCGUUCGUCUCGAAUCCAACCUCACGUGGGAGCCGUUGUGCUCAUUGAGGAUAGUAACAAACCUCGCUCGCAAUGGAACCUCGGCAUUAUAACAGCUCUACACCCAGGAGCUGAUAAGAUAAUUCGCUCGGUAAGUGUUCGAAAGGCAAAUAGAAUCAUCACGAAGCGAUCCAUAAACCAACUUAUUCCGCUUGAGAUAUCGUCCUACGAGGAGACAGUACAAAAAAUCGAUGAAUCGGAAAGUCGGAGGGAAGAGAAAAAGCGAGAGUCGGAAAGUCAGCCUGUGCCGAUACGAAAACAACCGCCGCGCAGCGCAAAAAAGCAUGUGCGAUAUGCAGAGAACAUAGACGUAAUUCCGAGCUUUUUCAGCAGCAUCGCAAGUUCCCCUUUGCUUCUGAUUACGGUUUUAGUGAUUGCUGGACUCGUAACUCCAUCAAGUGCCUUGAGCUCGUCAGCCAAUUCCCCGUCAUUGGAAGUAUUAUGCAUUAAGGGAGGCGUUUCUAUUCGUAAUCUUAUACCUCUUUCUGAUGUACAAGCAUGCGCGCAAAAUCACUGUAUCGAAACGCGAGUCUUCGAUGAAGAAACAACCGUAAUGUUCCCCGCGAGCGUAUGUUUACACGCCUACGAUGUUCGCGUUAAAGCCAGCUUCGAGCAUGAGAAUAUAAUCAGAUCCGUUACGUGUCCGCCUAGUCCGUUCUGUGAGAUGAUCGACUACUAUUUUUGUUCACUUAUGAUUAACAACCCAACCUGCUGGCCCCGCACGGCCAUUGCUAUCGUAGUCCUCGUCCUAUACGGAUUUAUCACGUCCGCCAUAGUUUUCGUAUGCUUCUGUAGGCGACUCAUUCGCUCAACUCGAAUUCUUUGGGGUCAUCUUUUUCGGAGUUGUUCAGAUACAACAGAAAAUGUCCCUCUUGUUGCCGUUUCACCUCAUCGCACUCAAUUGAAACGUUCCGCCUUCGUUACCGUCUUCUCUGUCGUCAUGAUUAGUGUCGUAAUUCCACCCAUCCUUAGCUGUCAGGAAGCAUUUACAGUAUCUACAGAUCAACUUGAAUGUUCACGCAAUAACUUCGACUGUCAUUUCACCAAAAAUGCCCUAUUGAAGAUUAGUCCCUUGUCGAACGAAGCAUGUGUAACCAUUGUGUCAAACGGAAUUAUUAAGGAGCAGAUUCGAGAUCACUUUAUUACGAACUACCUCGCAUGUAACCUUAAUAUUCUAUCUACUCUACCUUUAACCUUCCCCAACUUCUUGAUCGAACCAUCGCCCAAGGGCAGCCAGUAUCCUAUCGUCACAACUCAAUUAGCCUCUCUCGAAAUCGCGAUUUCCAUGAACAUUUCAAACGCACGCCUCUCAAACAUAGUCGACACCUUUAAUUGCUCUAUCGUUACUUCGCCACUGACGGGCUGCUAUGGAUGCACACAAGGAGCAACAGCAAGCUUUUCAUGUCAAUCGGACCUAGAAAACACUCUAGCCCAAAUAGAUUGCGCCACUCAUUCGUUCGCUAUACCCUGUUCACAGAAUUCGAAAACAACGGUCGUACGCUUUUCCUUCUCUGUUGCCCAGAUUAAGGAAAUAUGCAAGGCUCGUUGUGGUUCCAAUACA